AUGGGUCCAACCCGCUAUUUAAUAUUACAACAAAUUCCAAUCUCAUCAUUAUUAGAUCCAAAUCCAGUGAUUGAAACUACUGAAAAUUCGGAGUCAAAUAAGGAGAUCAAUUUAUUACCUCGCGAUGUUCGUUAUGAAAUCCUACAUCAUUUCAAUUUAAGAGACGAUGAAAUUACACCUCGUGAUGGCUAUUCAAGAAAAAAUAACGACUAUGUUGAAAUCAAUUCUUGCACUGGUUUUCACUAUGAUCCUCUGUUGGAUACUUAUAUCUCUGGGACAAGUGGUUACAGCAAAAGAAUGAAUAUGGGACUUUCUCAUGCCACGCUUAACAAAUAUGGAAUUGGUGGUAAGUAUAGUAGGAGUCGGUUCUAUGACUUUUCCAAACACAACAAUCCAAAGUCUAAACCUGAGGAAAAAACAGCUCAAGAACCAAUUAGAGUUAAAAUGGUUGACCUUUUACCUUCAUUGACAGAUACGGAGGAAAAACUGUUUGAUGAGUCUAAUUUGCUGCAUCUGUCAACAAAAAAGAGGAAAAGAGAAGAUGAUACCCUGCUGGAUAUCCGUGAAAAUACAGCUAUUAAGUUACCACCCAUUAGUACGCUACCUAUGCCGUUUCCAGAACAUUAA